CUUCUCCCCGGGCUUCGGAGCUGCAGCUCCAAUGCCCCCGAGCGGCCAUGAGCGCCCCGCACUGGUGGGACCAACUGCGCGCCGGCAGCUCGGAGGUGGACUGGUGCGAGGACAACUACACCAUCGUGCCUGCCAUCGCCGAGUUCUACAACACGAUCAGCAACGUCUUGUUUUUCAUUUUACCGCCCAUCUGCAUGUGUUUGUUUCGUCAGUACGCAACGUGCUUCAACAGUGGAAUCUACCUAAUAUGGGCCCUUUUAGUUGUAGUGGGAAUUGGAUCCGUCUACUUCCAUGCAACCCUUAGUUUCCUGGGUCAGAUGCUUGAUGAACUUGCUAUCCUCUGGGUUUUGAUGUGCGCCUUGGCCAUGUGGUUUCCUAGAAGGUAUCUUCCAAAGAUUUUUCGGAAUGACAGGGGCAGGUUCAAGGUGGUGGUCUGUGUCCUGUCUGCGGUCACAACAGGCCUCGCGUUUGUCAAGCCUGCCAUCAACAGCAUCUCACUGAUGUCCCUGGGGCUGCCUUGCACCGCGCUGCUCAUUGCAGAACUCAAGAGGUGUGACAACGUGCGUGUGUUUAAGCUGGGCCUCUUCUCUGGCCUCUGGUGGACCCUCGCACUCUUCUGCUGGAUCAGUGACCGGGCCUUCUGCGAGCUGCUGUCGGCCUUCCACUUUCCCUACCUGCACUGCGUGUGGCACAUCCUAAUCUGCCUGGCUGCUUACCUGGGCUGUGUGUGCUUUGCCUACUUCGAUGCCGCCUCCGAGAUUCCCGAGCAAGGCCCCGUCAUCAAGUUCUGGCCCAGCGAGAAAUGGGCCUUCAUCGGUGUCCCCUACGUGUCCCUCCUGUGCGCCAAGAAGUCGCCGGUGAAGAUCACGUGAUGGCCAGCCGGCUUGGCCACUGACCCUCCCCGGCGCGGGGCUUCGCUGGCCGGCCGAGGCGGGGCGCUGUCUUUCCCACAUUCUGUUCCCUUGGGCCCUCCGUGGUGGGUGUGUGGGGGGAGGGUCGGGGGGGCUGCCGGGGACCGUGGAGUAAUAACCCCCUUUCCCAAAGAUGCAGAGUAGAGGGGCCACGGGGUGUGUCCGGCAGUGUCCCUCCUUCCCGCAUGCGGUGGCUUGAUGAGCCAAUGCCUCACCUCCUGCAGGGAUUUCACUGACCCCGGCCCGCCGCUGGGGGGGCUGCUUCUGUCCGUCCACAGCUGCCGCGGGAGACGCGACCCUCUCACUGUCAGACGGAAGGGGCCAGCGUCCAUCAGCUGGAAGAAACUGCCCCGAAAGCCAAACCCAGACCUCCGCGCCGCAUCCUGGGCUGUGGCCGAGGAGGCUCAGCUGCCACUCGAGGGUCUCCCCCGGCCGGGCAGCCCGCGCCUUUUUUUGUACAACUACCUCUGCUCAGCGGACAGUGGGCUUAGGAGGAGGGAGAAGCUGCCGAGAAAGCCCCUCCGUGCCAAAAACCCACCGUUCUGGAAGAGCAGCACGUUUGCAAUGCUGGCAUCGGCUGCCCGGGUCCCCUCGUUUCCGCUCCCCCCAGUGGUCUCAGGCACACAGAGCAGAAUAGCUUUGGCGUCCGAGCCCCACAAACAGCCCCCGUCCUUGCCUCUCUGAGUUUGCUAAUGGGCUUAUUACCUGGUGGUGAGGGUCCUGGUGCAAAAUUGGGGGGGGGGCAAGCAUGAAGCCUGGGGAAUGUUUUCUCAUUGAAGCCUUCUAUCUGCUCCUCAGGAAAUCUCCCCCCCACCCCCCCAGUAUUUACUAGAGAACAUCCUCCCUUUCACUGUGGGGAAAGCUCAUUUUAAGUCUUUUUCUCACCUAAAUGACUGGCUUCAGCGGGUUCCCCCUUGUUGGGCUGAGUGGAAGAGCUAUGAAGCUGUCUGCAGGGUGGGGACCGCUAACCUCAGGGACUUGAUCUCAGGCAUCUCCUGCUCGGCCAACAUUCCAUCCAGGGACAACAUAGAUGUGUCCUUGUGUGGACGUCAGUCUUGUCUGGAGUCUGAGUAAGAGAUGGAUGGUGGCAGUGUGAAGAUGACCAGGGACUCUUACUCUGCUCACAAUUUUCUCAGGAUCUUAAGUGAAACAUCUGAUAUGCCAUUGAAUUUAGAUUCAAAAACCACUAUCCUGCUGUGGAUUUCAAAUUAGCAGUGGAACCCUGUUUUUGCAGCAAGAUGUCUUUAUGCAAUCUUAAUGUUUGAAAUAUGUUGUUUUAUCAGCUUAAAUUUAUUUCAAGGUUAUAUUUAAAGUAUAUCUUUUAUAAGGAUAGCAGAUAGAGUACAUAUUAAAAAAUUGAUGGUUUCCAAAGUAGAUACACUUAAUAUUGAGGGAGUAUACCUGUUGCUUUAAUUCUUGCUUAAACUUAGAUUUUAAGAAAUAUUUGAAUGCUGUAUCUGGAACCUCUAGUAGACGUUUUGAGUUGUAGGUGACCUAUGAAACAGAAUUUGCAUACUGCUGUUAACUGCUCUCCGUUUGCUAGUUUAGCACUGUAGGUUGACGUAGGCAUCGGUUCUGGUCUCUUUCAUUCUGCUGUAUAAAGUGCUUCAGAUUAGGGCUUUUAGUAUAGCUCAAGUCUAGAUGCCUACGUGGAGAAGUAAAAGUGAGAAGUAGAGGCUAUAGAAGUGGGGAUGGUGGUGGUGGUGGUUUAAUUUCUGACUGGAGGGUCCUCAGAGAUGACACUUCGUCCCAACAAAAGGACUAUUUCUCUGUCAAGUGAAGGGUUUGAUCCCUGGUGAAUGGUCCCUCCAGAGUACAAGACUUUGUCUUUGCCUUUCUGGAAGAUUCUGUUACAAAGGUAAGGAAGUAAAUGUCCUCACUCACAGGGCUGUUUGCAUCCUUCUUCUAGAAGGCAGAAGACUAAGCUAAGCUGUCAGAAAUCUGGCUUUUGAGACGAAAAAUAAAGACCAUCUAGAGGUCAGUUUUAAAGAAUUAAGGACUGUAAAAAGGAGUGGUGGAACCAGAGCGAUAGUGCAGCAGAUAGGGCGUUUGCCUUGCCUGCAGUUGAUCUGAUUACAAUCCCCGGCAUCCUCUGUUAUUCCCUGAGCACUGCCAGGAGUGAUUCCUGAGUGCAGAGCCUGCAGUAACUAAUCCCUGAGCACUGCUGCAUGUGACCCAAACAAACAAACAAACAAACAGAUGUGGAAUAGGUUUAUUUGAGGAGGAAAAAACAGUAUUUUUGUACAGAAACACUGUUACAGCUUGUCACUGGGAUGGUUGGUCAAGAGUAGGAUUAUACCAACUUUAUUUUCAGUUUUGUUUAGAGCAUUACUCCUAUUUGUAUUUAAAGUACUUUUGUUAGCACUCCAUGCUCUUUAAAGAAAAUUUGGAAACUACAGGAAAAAAAAAGUUGCAGAAGGAAAAAGAGUAGUAUGUAUUUCUAUUGUCCAAGGAUGAUCACUGUUAAUAUUUUGGUCAACUUUCUUUUUAUCUCUUCUCCCACUUAAUAUAGUUAUAAGUAGAUGUUUUCUAGAGUUGACACUUUAUUGACUGAAUGAAAUAUAAAUGUCAGCUGUGUGUUUUUCCGUUAGAAUAACAGGUAAGGGAAUACAUGUUUUAUUAGCUAUAUAUAUGUAUAUAUAUAUACACUUGAGUACCUAUCACUGGACUUGGAGACUUCCUAGAGUCUUCCAUUUUAACGGAGCUGAGCAUGAAUGGACCCUAAGAAGUAAUGAAUCGACUUCUUUUUUUUUAAAUGAAUAGUUCCUGCACUUAGGUUGAUGAGGCUUGGGAAAGGGCUAUUAAAUGAAUCAUGUCCUAUAGGUUUUGAUGUUUUAAGAUUUUUUUAAAAAUGUAGCUUGUUUUUGUUAUUGAUUGAUGCUUAAUCAAAAGUGUUUCUUCAUCCCCUGAUCAUGCAGAGAAGUCGGGAUAUGAUAUUUAGGAAUUAGAUUAUGGUGAUCAGUCAGCAUGACUACUUUAUUUAUUCUGCUUCAAGUUUUCCCAAGAUCCAUAUACAGCAAGAACUAGGUUGAGGGUAUUAAAAAGCAUUGUUACCAAGUGAUGAUUUAGGUCAGACUCUAUCUAAUUUAUAGUAUUUGAAGUGAAGCAAGCACUUCAGUGAACAUGUUUAAUCUCUUGAGCAGUGGAACAGACAUACACACACACACACACACACUACUAGGGGUGGGGAACACUCAGUGCUAGGGACAGCCAUGCCAGGCAUGUGCUCUGCCACUUGAACCAUGUCUGACCUGGACUGUAUUUUGAGGCAUCUUUGUGCCUACACCUUUGCGGAGUGUCUAAAAAUCCCAAAAUGGAGGAGCUGGAGCGAUAGCACAGCGGGUAGGACGUUUGCCUUGCACGCGGCCAACCCAGGUUCGAUUCCCAGCACCCCAUAUGGUCCCCUGAGCACCGCCAGGACUGAUUCCUGAAUGCAGAGCCAGGAGUAACACCUGUGCAACGCUGGGUGUGACCCAAAAAGCAAAAAUAAAUAAACAAACAAUAAAUAAAUAUCCCAAGAUCCAACUUGCAGUUCAUCAGAUACAAACUAACGCUGCCCCCUGUUCUGUUUCCUGGAUUUCCCGCCUGGGUAGAAUUGUCUCUCCCAGUGCCUCAUGCUCACAUGAGCCAGUGCCUUGUUGGAGGUUUCAGGACCAGGAUAUGUACCUGCCUAGGCUCUCGUCCCUCUGGGACUGACAGGGAAUCAUCUCUGGGGACAAAAGAGGGCUGACACCCCACCAGCACCCCCCUCCGGGGGACCUUUCCCCCAAGUGAACUUGGAAUGAGCCCUUCCUGGCCCCUCUCCCUGGCGGCUGCCAUCCCAACUGGCCAGAGACACUUUCUCGGGUCAGUUUGCAACGCUCGCUCACUGUCAUCCCGUUGCUCAUCGAUUUGUUUGAGCGGGCACCAGUAAUGUCUCUCAUUGAGAGACUUAUUGUUACUGUUUUUGGUAUAUCCAAUAUGCACGGGUAGCUUGCCAGGCUCUGCCGCGCGGGCUCGAUACUCUCAGUAGCUUGCCGGGCUCUCCGAGAGGGGCCGAGGAAUCGAACUCAGGUCGACCGCGUGAAAGACGAAAGCCCAACUGCUGUGCUAUUGCUCCAGCCAAUGCUCGCUCAGAUUAAAAAAAAAAAAUCUUUUUUUAAUGCCUCCUGCUUUAAGGAUCUGAUUGAAUUGUGUCAUUUUCUAUAUGUUAAACCAGAUUUGAAAUGAUGUAACCAGAGCAGAUGUUUUCAAACAUAUCCCAUGUUUACCCUUGCUUCCUUGCCUGGGGUGUAUAUAGAUGAGUGACGCCCUCACUGCCCCAGGGAGCUUUUUGUCUCCUUUGCUUUGCAACAAUGUUCGGCCUCUCAAAAAUGGAGCUUCUGCACUUUCUUCCUACUCUUUGUGAACUGACUCUGGCAGUUAUGUUUGGUAUUAAAAUGGCCACUUUCUGUGAAUAAAAACGCAUUUGUUUGUGUUUA